AUGUCACAAUCACACCCCGCCAGACACUCCUCGAUGCUGUCCGUCAGCACCAGUGGAACAACCAUAGCUGGCACCGCCGAGAGACAGCCACCCCCAAAGCAAGUGACGACAGUCGCGCAGCAAAGCCCCGGCCUGCGAAUCCCUUCGAACCGCAAGACGAUCUACGACAGACAUCUGAACCGCAGUCGAAAUGCGGAGCUCAGCCGGGCAAGCUUCGCCUUCCUGUUCGCGGAGAUGGUCACAUAUGCUCAGCGAAGAGUAACAGGGAUACAGGAUCUAGAGCGCAGGUUAAACGAACAGGGCUAUCCCCUCGGCCUCCGUCUCCUCGACCUCCUCUUCUACCGCUCCAUGUCCUCCACAUCGUCCGCGCUAUCAAGCUCCUCGACCUCUGCUUCCCCUCCUAAUCGACCUCUCCGCAUUCUUCCCCUGCUCCAUCUAAUCCAUGGGCCCCUCUGGCGCCUGCUCUUCCAACGCCCCGCAGACGCUCUCGAGCAUUCAGUGUCCCCCGAAACACCGAACGAGUACAUGAUUACAGAUAAUGACCCGCUGGUAAACACAUACAUUAGUGUUCCGAAGGAGAUGAGCAUGCUCAAUUGCGCUGCCUUUGUGGCGGGGAUCAUAGAGGGGGUUUGUGAUGGGUGUGGUUUCGAGGCCAAGGUUACGGCGCACAAUCAGCCUACGGAGAUGUGGCCCGGACGGACGAUCUUUCUGUUACGGUUCGGCGAGAGUGUCAUGGAGAGAGAGAAGGUGCUGGAAAGGGCAGGGGUGAAAUAA